UGAUCUGAAGAUAAAGGUUGGGGACAAGCACAUCAGCGCUCACAAAUUUGUCUUGGCGGCGCGCAGUGACACGUGGAGUCUUGCCAACCUUUCCUCAACAGAGGAGCUGGAUCUGUCAGAUGCUGACCCAGAGGUAACUAUGGCAAUGCUGCGGUGGAUCUACACAGAUGAACUGGAGUUAAGAGAAGAUGAUGUCUUCUUGACAGAGCUCAUGAAACUAGCAAAUAAGUUUCAGCUCCAGCUGCUUAGGGAAAGAUGUGAAAAAGGAGUUAUGUCACUUGUUAAUGUCAGGAACUGCAUUCGCUUCUAUCAGACUGCUGAGGAGCUGAAUGCUGGCACUCUGCUCAACUAUUGUGCUGAGAUAAUUGCCAGUCACUGGGAUGACUUGCGUAAAGAAGACUUCAGCAGCAUGAGUGCUCAGUUACUGUAUAAAAUGUUCAAGUCCAAGACAGAAUAUCCUUUGCAUAAGGCUAUUAAAGUUGAGAGAGAAGAUGUAGUCUUUUUGUAUCUUAUUGAAAUGGAUUCACAGCUUCCUGGGAAGCUCAAUGAACUGGAUCACAAUGGAGAUCUUGCUUUGGAUCUAGCCCUUGCCCAAAGAUUGGAGAGUAUCGCAACUACGCUUGUCAACUACAAGGCUGAUGUAGAUAGGGCAGACAAGAGUGGCUGGAGUCUGUUACAUAAAGCCAUCCAAAGAGGCGAUAAAUUUGCUGCAAACUUUCUCAUUAAAAAUGGUGCCCGUGUGAAUGCUGCUACACUGGGAGACCAGGAGACUCCUCUGCACCUUGUGGCCUCAUACAGCCCCAAGAAGCAUUUACCAGAUGUCAUGGCAGAGAUGGCACAGAUAGCAGAGUCCCUCCUACAGGCAGGAGCCAAUCCAAAUAUGCAAGACAGCAAAGGAAGGACCCCAUUACAUGUGUCAGUUGUGGUCAGGAAUGAACCUGUAUUCAGUCAGCUUCUCCAGUGCAAGCAACUAGACUUGGAGCUGAAGGAUCAUGAAGGAAGCACAGCUCUGUGGCUUGCAGUUCAGUAUAUCACUGUGUCGUCUGAUCAGUCUGUAAACCCUUUUGAGGAUGCCCCUGUUGUAAAUGGAACCUCAUUUGAUGAGAACAGUUUUGCAGCAAGGUUGAUCCAGCGAGGCAGCAAUACAGACGCUCCAGACACAGUAACAGGAAACUGCUUGCUUCAGAGGGCAGCUGGUGCUGGAAAUGAGGCAGCUUCUCUCUUCCUUGCAACUCAUGGAGCAAAAGUCAACCACCAAAACAAACGGGGAGAAACACCACUGCAUACAGCCUGUAGGCAUGGCCUAGCAAACCUGACAGCAGAACUGCUGCAACAAGGAGCCAAUCCAAACAUUCAGACAGCAGAAGCAGUGCUUGGUCAGAAGGAUGCCUCUUCUCCAACAGCAGAGCAUGUUUAUCUGCAAACUCCCCUUCACAUGGCUAUUGCUUACAAUCACCCAGAUGUGGUGUCUGUCAUCCUGGAACAAAAAGCUAAUGCUCUUCAUGCUACCAACAACUUGCAAAUUAUUCCUGACUUCAGUUUAAAGGACUCGAGAGACCAGACUGUGCUGGGAUUGGCUCUUUGGACAGGCAUGCACACAAUAGCAGCUCAGCUGCUUGGAUCUGGGGCAUCCAUCAAUGACACAAUGUCAGAUGGACAGACUCUACUACAUAUGGCAAUACAGAGACAAGACAGCAAGAGUGCACUCUUUCUGCUGGAACACCAGGCAGAUAUAAAUGUCAGAACACAGGAUGGAGAGACUGCCUUGCAGCUAGCUAUAAAAAACCAGCUCCCUCUUGUGGUUGAUGCUAUUUGUACCCGGGGAGCAGACAUGUCUGUGCCAGAUGAGAAAGGAAAUCCUCCUUUAUGGCUUGCCUUAGAAAAUAACUUGGAAGAUAUUGCAUCAACUCUG